GAAAAAGCAGCAGCUGACAAUAUCAUCAUAUUCAUAGCUGCAGCAAACAAGAACAGUCAACACCGCCGUUAAAGAGUCGGAUAGUCGCCAUCAUCAUCCGGACUCUGCAAGCGCGCAAUUUGACGUGCGCCACACAAAUAUAGACGAAGACCAUUGAUACAAUCGAAAUAUAAUCUGAAGACUGGGUCUUUUUUGGCCUCUGUAUCGGUGAAAAUGCAAACAAGACGCAUGGAAAGAAUUAACUCGAUGAAAGGGAGAGGGAAAAGAAGCUUGGAAGGUAGUGGUGGUGAUGAGGAGCCUGAACCAGAGAGAAAAAGACCUGCUUUAGCUAGCCUUGCCUCAAGUUCCUGCCACACUAAGCCUCCGUUGAAGAAGAUAUGUGGGAACUCGAUGCAAGGCGUUAUUGUAGAAGCUCUGAAGGUGGAUAGUCUCCAGAAGCUUUGCUCAUCAUUAGAACCAAUUCUCCGGAGAGUGGUUAGUGAAGAAGUUGAACGAGCAUUGUCUAAGCUGGGGCCUGCUAGGCUGAAUGAAAGGUCGUCAUCUCCCAAUCGCAUAGAAGGACCGAACGCUCGAAACCUGCAGCUCCACUUCAGGUCCCGCCUCUCUCUCCCGCUUUUCACUGGCGGCAAAGUCGAGGGCGAGCAAGGUGCCGCCAUUCACGUUGUCCUCGUUGAUUCCAGCACGGGCCAUGUCGUGACAUUUGGGCCCGUAUCCUGUGCCAAGCUGGACGUUGUUGUGCUGGAAGGCGACUUCAACAAUGAGGAUGGUGAAGUGUGGGCCCAGGAAGUGUUUGAGAGUCAUGUCGUGAAAGAACGCGAGGGGAAGAGGCCUCUGUUGACUGGUGAUUUGCAGGUCAACCUGAAAGAAGGUGUCGGGACACUUGGCGAUCUCACGUUCACGGAUAAUUCGAGUUGGAUAAGGAGCCGUAAGUUCAGGCUCGGCUUGAAGGUUGCUUCCGGGUAUUGCGAGGGCUUACGUGUUCGGGAGGCAAAGACUGAAGCUUUUCCGGUCAAGGAUCAUCGAGGGGAAUUGUAUAAAAAACAUUAUCCACCCGCCUUGAAUGAUGACGUUUGGAGAUUGGAGAAAAUCGGCAAGGACGGGUCAUUCCACAGGAGGCUUAACAAUGCAGGAAUAUUUACUGUGGAAGAUUUCCUUCGGCUUGUGGUUAUGGACUCUCAGAAGUUGAGGAAUAUACUCGGGAGUGGUAUGUCUAACAAGAUGUGGGAUGCCCUUAUUGAACACGCCAAGACGUGUGUUUUGAGCGGGAAGCUUUAUAUAUAUUACGCUGAGGACUGUAAAAGCGUUGGUGUCGUUUUUAACAAUAUAUACGAGCUGAGUGGCCUCAUAGCAAAUGACCAAUAUUAUCCAGACGACUCACUUUCUGACAGCCAAAAGGUAUAUGUGGAUACACUGGUGAAAAAAGCAUACGACAAUUGGAAUCAAGUCGUUGAGUACGAUGGGCAAUCUUUGUUGAACUUCAAGCAAAAUCGGAAGUCGAGCACUUCGCGGGACACUCCACUCGUGAGCUCCUCCAAUUAUACGAACACCUUGAAUAAUAACCAGCUUCUACCCGAGAGAUUGCCAAUUUCGAUACCUUCUGAUCCGUCUUUGGAUCACAGUGUGCCGACAGAAGGAUACAACGACUAUAUGGCCACGAGAUAUUUCGAGCCCUCACCAUUCACCCAAGCCGACCAAUUCCAGCUCGAGCCGUAUGACAGUCGGGUGGGCCUCGCCCUCGGGCCCCCUCAAUCUUCAACCUCCUCCUCCUCUCUCGGGCUGGCCCAAAACGGUCUCAACCCUUACGGGCCUUGGCCCGUUAACGGCCAGGGACCCGACUUCAUGUCCGAGGAGGAAAUCCGCAUGAGGAGCCACGAGAUGCUGGAGAACGAGGACAUGCAGCACCUUCUCCGCCUCUUCAGUAUGGGGGGUGGUGGGGCCCACGGGGGCCCGUCCGAGGACGGGUUCGGGUUUGGGUUCCCCUCGUCCUACGUGGCGUCCCCAUCGCCCGGGUUUGGGCUCGCGGGCCGUGCCCGCCAGGGAAGGGCGGUGGCUGGGUGGCUGAAGAUCAAGGCAGCCAUGAGGUGGGGAAUAUUUAUCAGGAAAAAAGCGGCCGAGAGGCGGGCCCAGAUUGUGGAGUUGGACGACGAGUGAGGGGUAUUUCGGGUAAUUCGUAGCGGUAGAAAUUUAAGUAGUCGACUUCUUGUUGCUUCUUGUUGGCUUUAUAUACCAUUUCGGGACAAUUUUCACUUGAUGGAACAUAUGUUAAUAUAGAUCUUUUCCAAUUGUCUGCAUAUCGUGGUUUGAUGCAAUUAUUUUUGACUUCAUUAUUAUACUUUCUAUUAGUGUAUUCUUAGAUGGAGUGUCAUUACAAGUUACAUGGUGAGACUUUUUAGAUUCAAAAAUUGGAAAGUGUUGCAAAUUUAAAAUCCCUACAGUGAGUUGGCUCAAUUGAAAGGGAUAGGUUCACU